GCAAUUGCAAUCAACGAGCAACGAGCGAAUUGCAACGAGCAGGCGAAAAAUCACAAAAAGCGGAAAAUCACAACAAUCGUGGGUGCAAACGGAACGGAAACGGCGAGGCAACGGAAAGUGCCCGGAAAUCGGAUGGCCCGGCAGUGAAAGUCCGUAAACCAGAGGCGCACUUGGCGCGUUUAGAGGGAAAAGGCGCGUUAACGUUGCGUUCUUUUCCAAACCGAUUCGAUUCCAAAACCAAACCAAUCCAAUCCCCACACACACACACGCACACGCACACAGCAACCCAUACACACAUACAGUGAAACGAGUGAAAGUGCAUCUACAUCUGUGAUUUCGUAUAUAAUAAUGCGUCGCGCAUACGCGGAUUUGGCCAGCAGAAGCACCAAAGACUAGCAAGUGAUCCAAUCCCAAUCCCAAUCCGAUUCGGUCCGAUCCGGUCCGGUCCGGGGAUUGAGUUGGUCGGUUGGCCAACCCAACAGCCCCCCCUGCAACCCCCCGCCGAUCACGAUGGCCGAUCAGGUGGCGCACACCAAAGAAACGGAUGCGGAGGAGCCGCUGGUGAAUGGCGAACUGCCAUGUGAGGCGUCGCCCUCCUGCUGCCAUGUGAUGUCCGCCCUGGACGGCGAUAUGGAUGUGGAUGUGGAUGUGGAUGUGGAGGCCACCUCCUCCUCCUACUGCUCCGCCAAUGCCGAUGCCGCCGCCACCGCCACAGCCACAGCCACUUCCCAGCUGAAUCCGUCGCCACCGCCUGCUGUCCAGCAGCACGCGAAGCCGGCGCGGAGCAGCUCGCCGCCCUGCCAUCUCCUGGAGCGGCUCAACUUUCCCGAGGGCAACAUCAUCAACACGCUGCACACGAUCCUCGCCCUGCCGCCCUUCGAUCCCUACGCCCCCGCCCCCAAGGCGGAGACGGUCUACAAGGAGGUCGUCUCCCUGAUGCAGUGGAGCCAGCGGGAGGACAACGCCAUCGAGCUGGAGCUCAGCGACAAGCUGCUCCACGAGUGCGAGCACAAGGGCGGCGGCGAUCCCAACGACGAGACGCGUUCAUAUUUGAUGGCCAUUGAGAACAUGCGUCUGUUCUCGGAGGAUCCAAAGAAUCCGCUGCGUGAUGCCGACGGUCAGCUGCGUGCAAUUACGCUAUAUUUCCAGAAUCUUGCCUUCAUAUUUGUGAAACACCGGAAGGAGGAGUUCUUCACGUUUUGUUCCUGCAAGGAAUGUCUCGAAUACCGCGAAACCAUCAUGGCUAUUAUGAUGGAUCAAUUUAAGGCUGCGCACAUGGUGGUCAUGUUGCUGGACGUACUGAUCAAAGCCUACAGUCCCAUGCUGAAAAACGAUGCUGCCUACAAUAAGUUUGAGAAGCUGCUUGAAUGCAACAAGGAGAUCUAUUGGAUUACAAGCGGCUACCUCUACGAUAAGAAUGCCGAAUAUCUUGAUUUUAUUGAUGAUACAGCGAUCUCCGAUAAUAUGAUAUUAGUGCUAUUCAGCGCCAUUUUGAUGGCCAACAAUCCCAUGCUGCUGCUACAAAUACUCGCCUAUAAUGUGGAAUGCAUUGUGAAGGCAUUCUCCGAGGGCAUGAUCGAAAUUGCCCAGAAUAUCCAGGAGAACGAGAAAAUUUCCGGAGAAAGGAUGCUGACAUACAUUCUGGAUGGCUACUCCGAUCUGAAUUGCAUCUCGCAGAAGAUCUCCCUCAGCCUGUUUGCGUUUGAGAACGACUUUCUGCGCAAGUUCAAGCUGUCGUGGGUGCUGCUGUGCCAGCGUCUGUUCCAGCACCACGUCUUCACGCCCCUGGGGGACACCAUGCUGGCCUGCAUCCUGUCGCUGAAGGAGGCGGCUCCGUCGGCCCAGACGACGGCACUGAUCAAGCGGUACAUGCUGUUCGACGAGCACAUGCACUCCAUCGAGCGCCGCUGGACAGACAUCUGGAUCGAGCUGAACAAGUUUAACUUGUCGCCCACGGAGCACGAGCGCCGGAUGGGCCUGCUGGAUGUGUACAACAUAUUCGACAAGGUCGUCCUGGACGCCACCUCGUUCUCGCUGCCGGACAUCAGCGACGAUGAGUUCAUCGACUUCCAGCGCAUCGUGGAUCGCCAGCUGGCCUGGAAGAACAUCAUGGCCUUCACGAAGCUGAAGUGGCCGGACGGCUUCUACGAUCCGCCCAAUAAGCUGGUGCACGAGGAUCUCUGCAAGAAGUGCAAUUCAUUGCUCGAGCACCAUAACGAGGACUGUAAAUGCAUCACUUGCUCCAUCGCCGGGACUCCAUUGCGACCGCGGCAAGCGGGCCAUUGUGCCAAGUGCACAACGCUCGGCAUUGUCGAGAAGGAUCCGAAGCUGAUGAAGUCCAAGAUCCUCAGCACCUGCACCAGCGACGAGGCUAAGCACAAUGCGGCUACGGCUGCGCUGGCGAUGGCGGCCAGCACGAGCUCCUCGGCCGCCCAGCAGCUGCAGCAGCAACGUCGCACCAGCGAUCUCCCGGAGGAUGAGUCACCAUCCGGAAGCGGCGGCGGCGGCGGCGGCAGCAGCAGCAACAGCGGAUCGGUGUUCCGGCGGCAGGCGGAGCCGACGGACACCCUGCGCACCACAUAUCACAUCGCAUGGGCGGUGUUCCAGCACCUGACCACCAGGAAGCGCUACCGCCACGACACGAUCGAGGCGCAGUUCUUCUGCGGCGAGAACUGUCGGGUCUCCGCCUGUCAGCUGGCCAGGAAGAUCCUGGCCAACCAGCUGUCGCCGCCGCUGACCAAGUAUCUGCUGCGCUGCUUCCAGCCGCUGUCCUUCACGCGGGAGGAGCUGCGCUCCACGCUGCCCUCGCUGAUGUUCUUCAACCGGAAGCUGGCACCCAGUCCUGCCGAACUGCAGGAGCUGAGGAACCAGCAUUACGUGUACAAAACCUACUGGACCUUCGUCCUCUCCAUCUACGCCAACUUCUUUGUUAAGUUCAACUCGAGCAGCACGGAUUUCGACCACCUGGAGCUGCUGAAGGGGGAUUUGCGCCUGCGGCUGAACAGUGUGGUUGGCGACAAGGACGACGGCCGAUUCGAACAGUUUCUGGCCCAGGUUAUUGGAUAUUCACCUUUUAAAAUCACUGAUGAUUUUACGCUGGGUGAUGCCAACAUAGAAAAGAUGCAAUUUGGAGUGGAUCAGCUCAUGAUGUUGCAUGAUUCUCAGAUAAUAAAACGUACUAAGCCAGAUAGCACUACGGGCUUGUCGGGUGCCAAAUCCAAGGGAGGCGACUCCAACUUGUCGCAAUCCGGAGGCCGCAAUGGCGAUGCGGGAGGCAGCAAGAAGAGCAAGGAGAAGAUGCGCAAAUGCUGUGCUGACUAUGCGGACAUUGGGGAGCCCUGCAAGGAGAAUCACUCAAAGAAACGCGUCAAAAAGGAGUGCAAUCAUGCGCGCUUCAACGAGACGCGCGAUCGACUGCGCAAGAAGCUCUCCCAGAUUGUCAACGAACGCAAGACCAAGUCCACGGAGGAGGCCACGCCAUCCAAGGCCAAGUCCGCACAGCCGGAGCCAGUUGUUGUGCCACCGCCGGCAGCCAUCCCACCGAAGCGGCCGCCCAAGGCCGAAUCCCUGCCGCCCAACCAGCCACCCACCCUGAAAGUGUUCGCCACGGCCCAGCUGCAAUCAAGCAACAGCACCAGUAGCAGCAGCACCAGCGCCAACGCCAUUCCCAGCAAUCCGCGAAAGAUGCCGCCGGCAGCAGCGGCUGCAGCGGCGGCGGCUGCAGCGGCAGCUCUCAACGAGAUUGGCGAACAGGUGGAGCAGGAGGGCGACAACAGUCUGCUGCGCCUGGACAGCCUCUGCAAGCGUCUCCAGAUGCACACGGAUGCCACGGACGUCGGGGCGGCGGCAACUGCCGCAGAAGCGGCCGCUGCGGUGGCCGCCUUCAAACGCGGCGGCGGCUUUCCGGCCGACUACAGCAAGGAGGACAUGAUGCAGGAUUUUGCCGAGUUCCUGGGCACCUACAGCCAGCAGGACAGCCAACAGGAUCAGCAACGCUGGAUCAACGAGACGCUCAACUUCAUCGAGGGCAAGUCACAGCAGCCGCAGACCUCCAACCCAAAGAAGGCGGCCAAGAAGGCCAAGCAGAAGAUGCGCAAGGAGGAGGAGAAACGCAUCAAAGAGCUGGAGGAUUUGCGUGGCCAGUUUCUGGACAUCUACUUCAAGGAGUUCAUCGACAAGUACGAGAUGAAGGCACUGACGGCCGCGGGCGGCCGGAAAAGAGAGAAGAAGCGCAUCGGUGAGCUGGAGGCGAACAUCAAGAACCUGCAGCGGGCCAAGGCGAAGGUGGAGACGGUGAUCCUCGAGCUCAUCGCCACCGUCAAGCAGUCGAACAGCGAGUUCAAGUUCUCCUACCUGCCCACCAAGCAGCAGCAACUGGCCAAGAUGGCCCAGCUGGAGGAGAUCCUCAACGGGGGCUCGCCACUGGUGGCCACUGCCGAUACUGCUGCUCCACCGCCACCUGUGCUCCAGUACCCCCAGUACAACAGCAGCACCACCAGCACCACCAGCAGCACCAGCACCUCCUUCUAUUCCGCUCCAGCUCCAGCUCCAGCUGCAAUUUUGGGUCAGCAGAAUACGCCCGUAUGUUUUGCCCCGCCGCAGCCGUCGCAGCAUCCGGUGCAACUGUCACGGGAUGUGAUUGCCGCCAUGGCGACCAACUCCAUCACUGCCGAUCCCUCGAAGCGCAUUGUGACCAUACGCCGCGUGCAGCUGCCCCAUCCGGGCGCCGAGCAGCAGGUGACCGUGGUGGCCAAGGGCAGUGCUCCGCACGAGGACAAGCUGCUCUACACCUUUGUCAACGGGCACAUGGUGGCCUCGGCCCCGUCCCAACCGGAAGAACCCAUCCCUCUGCCCGUCGCCGCUCCGGCUUCAGUGCCGGAAAAGAGCGCCAAGGCCAAAAAGAAAGAGGCUAAGCGAGCGGCAGCAGCAGCGGCGGCGGCAGCAGCGGCGGCAGCAGCGGCGGCGGCGGAACAGGAGGCCAAACUGAAGAGCAAGAAGCAGGCGAAGAAAACUGCUGUGGCGGUAACCACCGCCUCCAGUUCCACCGCGAGCAGCAACUCCUCCAAGUCGCAGACGCCGCAGAGCACGCGCGAGAGUUCGGUGUGCAGUGUGAAGCCAAAGGCUGCAUCCAAGAAAGCGGCUGCCAAGCUGCCACCGCCCAAGGUGGUGGAGGUGUCGCCAGUGCCAGAGCCAGAGCCAGAUCCAGAGCCGGAGCCUCCGAAGAGGCAGAAGCGACUCAAGUCGCGACUGGAUCCCGGCCAGCUGGACAACAAUCCCUUCAAAUCGCUGCACAUGCAGGAUUCGUCGGAGGGCGAGUGGGAAACGGGCAGCGAGUCGGAGGAUGGUGGAGAAGUGCCAGCACCAGCGCCACAGCCCAUCAGACAGCAGCCCACCAAACAGCCAGCUGCUUCAGUUGCCAAGCCAGUUGCUCCACCAGUGGUCACCAAACCGAAGCCAGCUGCUCCGGCUCCAGCUGCCGCAUCUGCCAAGAAGGUGAGGCAACAGGAGGCGCCGCAAAAGCAGCAGACCUCGCAGCCAGCGAAGGUUCAGGCCCAGGCAAGAGGCAAGGCCGCCACUCCCGCUGCUGGCAAGUCCAAUCCCCAACAGCAGCAGCAGCAGUCGUAUCAGCAGGAGAAGGCGCCGCCUGCCAAGAGCCAGCCUCAGCGUCCAGCGGAAUCCGUGCGGAAGCAGAAGCAGACUCCUGGAAAUCCCCUCGAAUCCAAUCGCAGUGCCCACAGCCAAGCGCCUCAGCAGACGCACCAGCAGUCGCGAGGUGGCCGAGGUGGAAAUGGUCGGACGAAGCCCUCAACUGGUGGCCAACAGCAGCAGGUUCAGCAGCAGCAGCAGCAGCAGCAGCUGGCUCAGCAGCACUCCAAUGCUCAUCCCGUCGAGGCAAGCGCUCCUUCGAAGAGAUCGCAGCGCGGCAAGCGCGGACAUCGCCAGAAGCAGGAGGAUCUCUCCGGCAUUCCACACAACAUGGGCUACUUCAACCCCAACGAAGUGGCCAUACCUCCACCGCAGACGGGCAGCUAUGCCAGCACCCUGGCCCAGCAGAUGCAGCACCUGCGCAUCGGCCAGUCGGGCGGCAGUGGCGGCUCGAAGCAGCCAUCGCAAUCGCCCAACUGCAGCAUCAUGGAUCAGCUGAACCGCGGCGUCCAAGUGGAGCAUCUCUCACUGCCGCCCGGCAUCACGCUCACCAAGGUGGAUCCGGCCAAGAGCGAGCAGUUGCGCCAGAAGAGCGAGUCCAUCCGGCUGCUGUCCAAGCCGCUUUCCGAGCACCAGCAGCAGCAGCAGCAGCAUCAGCAGCAGCAGGCGCAGCAGCAUCACUUCCAACAGCAGUCGCACCACCUACUGGCUGGCUACUAUGGAGCAGCUGGGGCCGCGGGCAUGGAUCCCAAUGGUGUGAUCAUGGUGGAGGCCAAUCCGCGACCAAAUCGCAACAGCCAGGCUCCAGCGGCACCGCCAAAUGUGGCUGCCGCGGCAUCGGCGGCCAGUGCCAGUGGUAAAUCCUCAAGACGACGGCGCCGCAAUCGUGGCAAGUCCGGUGGUGGUGGUGGUGGUGGUGGUGGAAGCGGCGGUAACAAUGGCACUUCCGGAGCAACCAACAAGCAGCGAUCGGGCGGAGGAGCCUCAGGAUCGGGAGCAGGUGAUGGCCUUAAAACCGCUUCUUCGCAAGCCCCUGCAGCCACCAUAGAAACCAAUGCCAGCGGCAACAUUAUCACGCUGCGGAAUCCCAUGUUCCAUCAAGGCAACGGUCCAGUGGCCGGCGGUGGCAUGAUGCCACCAAAUCCCAAUCCAAUGCCGCCAGUGCGAAACUUUGGCACUGGUCUGCCAGUUGCGCCGCCAAUGGCCAUGGAUCAGCCAGCCGCCAUUAUUAAGAACGAGAACGGCAUGUUCACCAUACGCAAUCCGGCGCUGCAUCAGGCGGUCACCAAUGGCCUGGCCAUGGGCGGCUAUCGUCAGUUUGGCGGCAACGUCAACUACUACACGCCCCAGGAAGCGGUCGCCGAGGCGGCACGGGCCACGCAGCAGAAGCAGCAGCAACAGGCUACUGCAGCCACUGUUGGUCAGGUUAGCAGUGGCAGCGGAGGCAACAGCGGGAACAGCAACAACUUCUCCUACUUCUCCAGUGGAGCGGCCAGCAGUGGCAGCAGCAACGGCGGCAAUGGGACGCACAACAAUAUCAGUAUUAGCUGCACCAAUGUGCCACCUGGCAGCACCGGAAGUGGAGGCAACAGUCCCGGUCGACUGGUCGGCGAUGCGGCGGUAAUAGCCCGUCCAAAGCAGUCGCAAAAGUGUCUCUCGGCCAUCGGCAGCGAGCUGAAACAAAGGGCCAAGGACAGCAAGUGGCCGAGCUUUGGCCAACAGCAGCAGCAGCAGCCGUCGUCGUCGUCGUCGGAGUACAAUUCUGGGCCAGGAGCAGGCGGAGGGGUUCCGCUGCAGGAGAAGUACCAGCAGUCGAGCUACUACAAUGGCUUCGAAGUGUUCUCAGCAGCGGCAGCGGCGGCUGCCGCUUCUCAGGCUUCUGGCGGUGGCGGAGGCAACGGAGGUGGCGGUGGAUCGAGCGAAUGUCAUAUGCACCACAACUGUGGCGACGACUCGCCGCCGCCCACCAUCACCGGUUUCAAUUCCUAUUUGGAGGGCAUACCCAACACCGGAGUCAUUCGCUACGACGACGCAGCCUUCCUCAAGAACUUGAUACCGGGGCAGCAUCUCAACAACGAGGUCUCCAUACACAAUAUAUCGGAGUCCAACUUCACGCGCAACAACGCGUCGCCAUCGCCGCACCAUGUCGAGAUCACCAGCGUCUUUGGCAGCCGAGUGCGCUCCUCGAACGCCUAUGAUUCACAGCAGCAACAGCAGCAGCAGCAGCAGACGGGCGUCGGUCCAGGUGCCAACUACUGCGACAACGUGGCCGCCGACUACGGCAGUGAUUCCCACCUCUUUGUGCAGAACAAUCUGCUGACGCGAAUGCCACAGCCGGCGGCACCUCCGCCGGAUCCCUUUGGCUAUGACUUUGAUCCCUCGGUGGUGCCGGUGGGCGGAUCGAAGGCGGCCAGCGUGGCCAGCGACCUGAACGAAUUCCUGCGCCGCAGCCCGCUCAGUCAGCGAACCUCGCCGUACAGUCCGGACGAGAGUGCCGCCGCCCUGGAGACGUUCGUCCAGAACAUGAGUGCGCUGCAGAUCGCGAGCGAUGCCGAGCAGUGCUCGCGUCUCAACGGAACGGGAGGGCCCGGUGAUGCUCCUGCGGCGGAUGCCACCGCCGGUGGAGCCGCCAAUGCGGCAGCCGCUUGGUGGUGAGCCACAGCCACAUGACAAGAGGUGAUGCGGCAUCUGCAUGGCCAGCAGAUUGAGGCGAAACUCCCUCCUCCCUCACAUUCAUACCGCUCACCACAUACGCAGACAUUUCAUCGAUAGGGCUGAAAAACGAUAUAUGAAAACCAGGAAAACAAAAAAAAAAAAAAAAAAAAAAACGAAACAUAAAAUUACAAAAAACCAGAAAACAGAAAACGCAUCCAAGGAAUCAUUUAAAAUGGCUUAGGAGUCAAUUUCAAUGUUUCAACAAAAAAGAGAAAAAAUAAAGAAAAAAUUUACUUAAAUGGAA